CAUUUAAAGAAGAUGAUUAAAUUUAUUUAUGAAGGAGAAGUAAACGUUUAUGAUAAAGAUUUACCUGCUGUCUUAUUGUUAGGUGAAAUGUUCGGAGUCAAAGGUUUGUCAGCUCUUAAAAUAAAAGAUCAAGAGAAUUCCUCAAAUACUCACGAAAAUAAAUCUGUGAAAUACACAAUUUUAAAUGCAUCUUCAAGAUUGACGUCCAUUAAAGAGCAUAGACCACCUAGUUUAGAUGACCAGAUAAAUGAACCAUCACAAAAGAAAAUAAGAGUAGAGUCUUGCGAACCCGUAUAUAUGGAGUUGUCAGUUAUAGAUCUAGAUGAUAGUAACAGUAAAUAAAUGUUAAAAAAUAACAGUGCCUUCCGAAUCUACCACUGCAGCUAUGGAGAAACCACCAAUAAUCCAAUCCAACAAAAAAGUAAUUAUUAGUUGUUA